UUUCCGAUGCAGUAUUAAAAUCCCUAACAUUAAAAACUACGUAGGUAUAUGUAUGGAAAUUGAGUUUCAAAAUGAAUGAGCCAUUCAGCUCUAACGCACCGGAACCGAAGAUAGUAGGUGUUUGGACCGAGGGAGCCCGCACUGAGCCGAAAGAAUUCAUAAUUCCGAAGAAUUUACCAGAGUCCAGUGAUGAUAUACCAACUAUACCAGACCUGGAUGACUUGCAGGAUAUUCUGGAAAAGGAGAUAGCCAAACCACCUCCCUCGGACCGCAAAGACAGCGAAACAGUGAACACCCUGGCUGCCGUAGGCGACGGAUACUCGGGCUCCGCGGAUGGAGUGGAGGCCGCGCUGGCGGCACUGCGCGCGCGUGUACCCGCGGUCCAGUCAGCUCCUGAUGCUGUCUGGACCAUUGACUCACUACUAGCACAAUUGGCCGAGGAGGGGACUGACCAGGAAUAGGAAGUCAAUUGCAAUACUGUUUAUUUAUUCUUUGUCACCAUUGUAUGUCCUCAAGGAAAGGUAAUAACCGCUGUCUUUUGC